CGUUAUUUGCUGAAAGAAAAGCCCAGCUGUAGCCUCCUGCCUCGGAGGAGUGCUCCACUGCGGUCUGUUUCUCUCCGUUUUCUCCAGUGGAGCUCCUCUCUGAACCUGUCCACGAGCUCAGUGACGUCUCACAACCCGGAAACAGCAGCGAGACAGCUGAGAGAGGGAGGGAGAAGUGAAGCACUCUGCCCGGAGCUCGGCGAGGUACCCGGACUCCGUACGGCUUUCUCCACGGUCCUCCUGUCCUGUCCAGAGCCCAAGCCCCCGUUGCAGGACCGCGACCUCGGCCGAGUGCCUGGGUGGGCUUUCCUCCUGUCACCUUCCUCUUCUAGUCUGCUGGUAUCUGGUCAUGGGGAACCUCCUGAAAGUGUUGACGUGUACAGACCUGGAACAGGAGCCCAAUUUCUUCCUUGAUUUUGAAAAUGCACAGCCCACAGAAGCAGAGAGGGAGACCUGGGAGGAAGUGGACGUGGUCCUGCAGGAAGCUCGAGCGAUACUCGAUGAACUACAGGCCUAUAAAGGAGCAGGGCAAGAGAUAAGAGAGGCGAUCCAGAACCCCAAUGACGAGGCGCUGCAGGACCAGGCUUGGGCUGCGGUGGUGCCCCUGGUGGGCAAGCUCAAAAAGUUCUACGAGUUUUCUCAGAGAUUAGAAGCAGCACUGCACAGCCUUUUGAGGGCGCUGACCAACGAAACCUACAGCGACUCCAUGCAGCACCUAGAGCGAGAGCAGGCCCUCGCCAAGCAGUUCGCCGAAAUCCUGCACUUCACGCUCCGCUUCGACGAGCUCAAGAUGAUAAACCCUGCCAUCCAGAACGACUUCAGCUACUAUAGAAGGACGCUGAAUCGCAUGAGGAUUAAUAAUGUCCCAGCAGAGGGAGAAAAUGAGGUCAACAAUGAGCUGGCCAAUAGAAUAUCUCUGUUUUACGCUGAUGCCACACCCAUGCUGAAGACGCUGAGUGAUGGCACGACAAAAUUUGUGUCUGAGAACAAGAACUUGCCCAUCGAGAACACAACUGAUGUGUUGAGCACCAUGGCAAGCGUGUGCAAAGUCAUGCUGGAGACGCCUGAGUACCGUAGCCGUUUCAGCAGCGAGGCGACCGUGUCCUUCUGUCUGAGGGUGAUGGUGGGCGUAAUCAUCCUCUACGACUACGUCCAUCCUGUCGGCGCUUUCGCCAAGUCCUCCAAAAUAGACAUGAAAGGAUGCAUUAAAGUUCUUAGAGAUCAGCCUCCGAACAGUGUGGAAGGCCUACUUAACGCACUCAGGUAUACGACAAAGCAUCUGAAUGACGAGUCGACCGCAAAGACCAUCAAAAGCAUGCUGCAGUGAGAAACUCUGGGAUAUACACACCGCUGGCCUCGCGCAAGUGUUCAGGGGACACACUCCCUCCCGAACAACAGCAAUGCACAGAAUGUUUCCUUUUAUAAACGUAAAAAUCCGGUUUUGU